UUGAAGUUGUCGGCUGCCAUCUUUUGCGAUGCGCAGAACUAAGGACUGCAUGGAGCUGGUUCUGCCAGCAGACGUGGCGCUUCUAAUCUUCGCCUUCCUUGCGCCACGAGAACUGCUGACCAUGGAGAUGACGUGCAGGCGUUUUCAAUUGCUCGUCGCCACCAACCGAAUCUGGCAGCCGCUUUACACGUCAAUGUACCCGCGCUCGCACUUCGGCCUGCAACAUGGCCGGUCGACGGCGUGGAAGCAUGUGUUCUUGCACAAAUCCAACCAACGACGCGCAUGGACGAAAGGCACAGCGCGGUGUGUGCUGUCCAAAGCAGCCCAUGCCGAUGGCAUCAACGCCAUUGCCGCCCAAAAGUCCCUUGGACCAACCGGGAACCUCUUUGCCACGUGCUCGUUUGACCACACCGUCAAGCUGUGGCGAAAACCUUCUGCACUUGUGUCGGACACUGCUCCUCUAAGCACGUUGUCUGGUCAUCAGAAUGCCGUGUGGUCGUUGGCGUGGGGGCCAAGCCCGUCGGACCUGUACAGCGCCUCGUUCGACGGGACAAUCCGCCGAUGGGACGUUGGCACGUCUGUCAACACGCGCGUGCUGUGGGCCAACGCGGACCGGUUGCUGUGCAUGGUGGUGGAGGAGGACAAUGUGUGGACAGGGUCGCUCACGGGGCACAUGAUUCAGUGGAGCAACGCGUCGUCGAACCCAGUGACUGGCCGCAUCCAGUGCGCCACACCGUGCAUCUCGUCACUGGAGAAACGCAGGCACUUGCUGUAUGUGGGCGGGGUCAAACACUUGGAGAUUUGGGACGACCGAUACCUGCAGUCUCCCGUGGCCCUUUUGAAAGGCCACGAUCAAGCCAUCAUGGCCAUGUCUCUGUAUUCUGACGCCAUGGUGAUGACCGUGAGCAAAGAUGGCACACUCAAAGGAUGGGAUGCGUCGGGAUCGACUCCCACUCCGAUACUCGAUGUGCGUGUGCACAACGCCGCCGUUCGGUCCAUUGCCACUUGCGACGAUGUGGUUGCGACAUCGUCGAACGAUUCCACGGUGCACCUUUGGCAAGCCACUACUAACUUUUCAUCUAUUUACUCACGAGAACCCCCAGCGCUCAAGCAGCUGCAUGCGCUGCACGUCCACACCAAGCAAGUCCCGAGUGUCGACUUGGACGAAUGCCAUCUCUACACGUCGUCGUGUGACUCGACCAUGACCGUCCAUGAAUAUACCCUGCCUUGAUCCCACCUGUGGAGUUUAUUCGCCCAGAUCUCAUUCGUGAGAUAACGUUACAGCCUUGACGGCCAUCAAGGUUGGUGUGAAGGCAACGAGAUGAUUGUUGGUAUUAUAAUACUACAGUACUUUGGUCUCUC